GACAACGACGACGAGGCUUUGUGACUCACAUCGUGGUAGUCUUCUAGAAGGAGCCGACAUCGAUAAGACUGCAGGUUCAAGGUCCGCACAACGCUCCCACGGCCAUCACACCCAAGCAAUACCCGGCACUGAGUACCCGCACAGACGGACGUCCCGCCGUUGUCGGCUACCACUUCUUCCCGUGUCAGCAAGAAAGCGCUUCGUCCGCUUCAUCCGGCGCUCCCGCCUAUCAUGGUCCGCCAGAAGCGCUUAUCGGUGCAGCAAGCAUUCAGACAAGCAUGGAAGGCUCACCAGCGCAUACUCGGCAGGGAAGUGUCCUUAUCCGCGGACGAGGAUGAACUACCACAGCAACAACGGAGACCAAAGAAGCGUAGCUCAACAGACGCAAGUGGAGGACAUUCAAUCACUAGCUCCGAUGGCGGAGGCGGAGGCGGUGGGUUCAUCGUCGAAGAUGAAGACGAGCAAGAGCAAGGAUCAAGCGGCGGCGGCGGGGAGUUCAUCGUAGACGAUGAGGAAGAGAAAGAAGACGAGGAUGACGUGAGCUUGGGCGCUCACGCCCAGCCAACGCACCUAGCGCUAGAGGAAGUACCGCACGCCCUAGCCCUCCUCGGCUUACCCACAGAAGACCAAGGCAUCCUCUCCGUCUUUGCCAAUGCUGCCGAGGAAGACUACUCUGGUGCUCAUACUCCCGCCGCUGGCAUAGCUUCAUCUUCGUCUUCCUCCCUGGGGGAUGAGGGUAGGAAGAGAGGAGCAAGAGCGCCAAGACAGAUGAUCGUCAGUCGGGAGAAGUUUGAGCAGGUCUGUGAGGUCCUUCUGAUGGACGAGGGAGGCGCGGCUGAGCUCGACCAGCAGGAGGAGGACCAGGAGAGCGAUGCUAGGCGGCGGAGGCGGAAGCGACCGACUAGACCAACCGCGAGCGAUGAGGGAGGCUCCUCCACCCCUGAGACUACUCGAAGACCUCGACGUGCAGCUGCUGCAGCUGCUCGUCGUCCUAUGGCAAUAGAGGUAGACAGCGACGACGAGGAUGAGGAGGACGUGUACAGAGACGAUGGCGAGAGCGACGGCCUCGACGAUGCGGAUGCAGCUCUCUCAGACUCGGACACUGCCACUGCCAAGCGGAAACCUAAAGCAGGAGGCAGAGGCAGGAUUCGCCCAAGCAAGACGAGUGAAUCUGCCACUAGUACACCCUCCAAGACGGGCGGUACAAGACGAAAGCGAGCCCGACCUUCUACAUCGGACGCUUCUGCUUCUCACACCGAUGCAUCAGACGAAGAAGAAGAUGAGGACGAGGAAGGAGGAGGCUCUGUUGGACGAGGUGGGGGCACUUCUCUGACGGGUGAGCAGCUAGAAGCGGUCCAGGAUGCCUGGCACCUCUUUACAGACAAGCUCGAUCAGAUCGAUGCUGGAUGGCGGCAGCGCCAAGGAGGCGCAGGGGUGGGUUCUGGUAAGCAGAGCGCGGGAGGAGGGGAGAAGGGUCGUCUUGGUCUACGCGAGAUUCAGCGCUUAGCCAUCGUCACUGGUGUCAAGAUGAGCGAGAAGGAGAUGGAGGAAAUGCUCCUCUUCGCCUGCCAGUCCUUUGCACCCGCCACCUCAAAGUACAUGACUAGAGAAGGGGCAAAAGCGCAACGGCUCGCCGCCGCCAAUGCCGUCACGGCGAAAGUGGGUCCGGGGGCAGUUGACGAAGGGACCGAGGUGAAGGGGUACGAAGGUGGAGUUGGACUCGACGAGUUUGCGGGUGUGCUCAAGAGGGGGAGGAUGAUCUGAGCAGGGGACGAUGCAAUGCCAUAUCCAGACGAUCAAGAGUGAAUACAGUCAGAAUGCAAAAAGUGUAAUUGCGACA